CGUUACGACUCAACUAAUAGAGAGUUAAAAUUGAAAUCUACCAUUGUUAAAUUGAGGAAAUUUGUGGCAUCCAUGCAGAAAGUUUUCGACGAACAAUGUUUGAAGAAGGAGGAGAAAGCUAGGCGCGAGCAAGAGAAGAAAAAAGCGUUGGAAUGUGAGCAAGCUGAAAAGGAACGGCAAAAGGCCAAGAAGUCACGAGCAGAGAAGGUUAGAAGAUUAGCCGGAGAAAAGCGAAGAGAAGCGGAGAUUGAAGCCGAACGACGUGCGAAGAUGAAGAAAAAUAAGGACAUCCAUCUUGCGGUGCGACUUAAUAAAAUUGAAGAUAAUUGGUUUGAACGGUUGAAUCAAGUCGUGGGACGUUUAUACACCACCACGAUGGAUAAGGGGAAGUGUAAGGUAGUCCACCAGUCGGAGAACAACUCGACCUUCGAUGAUAGCGAGAAGAGUGAUACUAGUAUCGCGCAGGAGUUGAACGAACGUACUGGGAGGCUGUGCAUAUCCGAGAAGCGGAAACGAGGUCAGGAACAUGUUUUCAAAGAUAGCCCGCCUAUGGAGCAGCCGCCAAGGAGAACCCCAAAGAGCGGUAUCCUCAAACCAGUUCAAUUGAGUACACGAAUCACACGAUCUAAGUCCAAGAAGGCGACGAGUAGAGCACCGGUCGUAAAAACCUCUGUGAAAACACCCUUCUCAGUAAUGAAGACCCCAAAGUUAGCGAAGAAGACUCCGCAGCAUGUCCGUGUCUACACUCCAGUGACACGUGGUGCUCUGGAGAGACUACGUUAUCGAAAUAAAAUGAUAGACGAUCUGAAGCAUAUGGAUGCAGUCGAGCUGCAACGUAUUUGCAAAGAGGAUGGAUACGAUUGUCAGUCGAUAUCGCUGAUCACCGAGUGAUGGCCAAGUUCGGGAGGAUUUCCACCAAAGGCGCCGAGGUCAUUAAGCUUGAUGCCUUAGAAGU